GUUUGUGAGCUUUUGGGCUGGAAAUCGUCCAUCCUAUCUGGCAACACUGGUCACUGGUCCUGCACAACUCACUACAACACUUACCUGAGUAACUUUUCUAGCAGCCCAGACUUUUAUUUUUGAAAAAAAUAUAACUAUUAAAAAACGUAUUUACGUUGCUCUACCAGCCUCUUAAAUGCGUGUGAAAAGAUGUUGAACCCUUCUUCAAACGGAGAGUCUUCUCAUGUUGUUAUGAACUAUGUUGAGGAGUAUCUGGAGCUGGUCGAGUCUUUGCCGCUGGACCUACAAAGAUGUGUGUCUCUCAUGAAGGAAAUUGACGCCAGAUAUCAAGAGAUCCUCAGUGAACUGGACGAGGCUUAUGAAAAGCACAGACAAGAAUCAGAUCCUGUGCAGAGGCGGCGUCUGCUUCACUGCAUCCAGCGCUCUUUGAUCCGUACAGAAGAACUCGGAGAUGAAAAGAUCCAGAUCGCAGGCCAAAUGGUAGAAAUGGUGGAGAAUCGCAGUCGGCAGCUGGAGUGGCAGAGCGAGCUUUUCCAGGCCUGCCAGGACUCGCCGGAGAGCACCGUGUCAGUGGGCAGCACCCCCAGUGCCAUAACAACUGUAACUAUGACACCGGUCUCUGCUUCGAUGCUCUCGGUCAGUAAGCCGAGUGCGGAACGGAGACGAGACGAGACCCCGGCUUCAGUUGACAAAUCGGGUGGAAAGCGUUCAAGAAGGCAGAAAAAUGGCUCGGAGAACCGGGAAAACUCCAAUUAUAGCAUGGAGCACAAUGAGGAGGUUGGUUCAGGCGUUCCAAAAGAAAAGAAGGCCAAGACCUCAUCCACGUCAUCGAAGAAGAAGAAGAGGUCAAAAAGCAAGCAGGACAGGGAGCCGUCACCGACAGACCUGCCUAUCGAUCCCAAUGAACCCACUUAUUGCCUGUGCGAGCAAGUGUCUUAUGGAGAGAUGAUAGGUUGUGAUAAUGAUGAAUGCACUAUUGAGUGGUUUCACUUCUCAUGUGUUGGCCUGCACCAUAAGCCCAAAGGAAAAUGGUACUGUCCGAAGUGCAGAGGAGACAAUGAGAAGACAAUGGACAAAGCAUUAGAGAGGUCUAAGAAAGAGCGAGCGUACAACAGGUAGUGUCAGGUGUAGCUGGUUCCCUUUUUUUUUAUUCAGGAGUUUAGUAUCCAGUUUUGAGAGAGGCCAGGGCCUGUGAUGUUGUUACAGAUUAGAGUUGGUCAUUUGUUAGUAGCUAUAUCUUUUAGCGAUAUGUUUGAUAGGGUUCACUUAUCAGCUACAUAGUUAUCAAUGUUCUACAGCAUUGGAAGUAUUCUGUUCAUCCAACUACAAGACAGUGUAAUGCAUUUUUACUAUUUUCAGCUAUCAGUUUUGUAUUUAUGCCUUGCAUAACUGUACAUAUGUUCAUGUAAAAUAAACCAUGCUUAAUGCAGAGUUGUCUCAUGCUUAUAAAAAAUGUUUACAUAAAAUGAAACGCAUUUCACCCAAAAAUGAAUAUUUCAUGGGAAAACAUUCAAGAUGUAGAUGAAUUUGUUUCUUCAUAGUAACAGAUGCGGAGAAAUUUAGCAUUACAUUUACUCGCCAGUGGAUCCUCUGCAGUGAAUGGGUGCUGUCAGAAUGAGAGUCCAAACAGCUGAUAAAAACAUCACAAUAAUCCUUAAAUAAUCCACACAACUCCAGGCCAUCAAUUAACGUCUGGUGAAGUCAAGCUGUAUGAUAGUAAUAAACAAAUCCAUCACUAAAAUGUUUUAUCUUCAUGUUGCUUACGUCUGAAAUACUAGUAUAAUAAGAUUACAAGCAAAAAUAGUAAAAACAGUUGGUGGAUUUUGAUGUGAGAGGACAACAGGGUAUGGACGUUUUAAAUCCCUUGAUGGAUUUGUUUCUUCCAAACAUACAGCUUUUUACUUCACCAGACGUUAAUUGAUGGCCUGGAGUUGUGUGGAUUAUUUAAGAUUUAUCAGCUGUUUGGACUCUCAUUCUGACGGCACCCAUUCGUUGCAGAGGAUCCAUUGGUGAGCCAGUGAUGUAAUGCUAAAUUUCUCCAAAUCUCUUUUGAAGUAGAAACAAAACUCAUCUGCAUCUUGGAUAGCCUGGGAAUGAGUACAUUUUCAGGAUAUUUUCGUUUUGGGGUGAACUUCAAAGUACAUUUCAAAUGUGGACCAGAAAUUUGUUUCUGAUAUGCAUUAUGUCACAUUAUUUACUUCCCAUGUCUCACAUGUUUCACCUAACUUGGUGCAUUAAAAACAUUAAACAGAAGGAGUAAAGGUUCUUAUGUUUUAAAUAGAAUAGACUUUUGCUAUUGUUACAGAAAUAUUGAAAUAAAGUGUAAAGUAUCAGUAACGUAUUACUCACAAAGGUAGUUUCACCUUUUAUUUAAGUAUUUACAAGUGCUGGAAAAUGAGAGUGCCAACCAGUGCAAAAUCUGUACACAAAAUUCAGAUGUGUUUUUGUAUAUACAAGAGAUUAAUAGAGGCAAGGACACACUCAGGCAUUCAUGCAUGUAACAGGGCAUACAUCUGCAAAGAUCAAGGGCUUGGAAAAAGACCUCAAGACAUUAUUUCACUUGAUUGAUUGGACUUGUGAUGCAAGCCAUGAAAAGAUAUUAAGUAACUGCAGUUAACAUGUAUCUCUGUAAGAUUUUGGAGGAUAUUUUUGAACUUUGAGUAAUUCCAGCAAAUCUCAAUUUUUUUCGACCAGUAAAUAUACAUUUUAUACUCCACAUCAUAUUGCCAUUUUUCUGUUAACAUUUGAUAAUUUAUAUAAACUCUCACGCCUGUUUACCAACAUCUCAUAUGUGUUUUCAGUGCGUGCUAGAGAUGCUCACCGCUCACAUGGUAGCAUGCCAUCCCUCUGGCAGAGCCAGGAAGAGUUGUGACUAAACCAGCAUAACGAAUGCUAAUCCAGAAGAAUGGAAGCAAAACCAAAAUUAAAAGGACACUUUUAACUGCUUUUUAAGUGAGACCAUGAUGUUAAAACUGACAAAGCACCAAAAACAUUUUCAUUGACACUACUGUGACUUAUGUCGCUCAGUAAGUCAUGAAUUCAAAUUAGACUGCCUUGAUUGACUCAACCAUAAUGUUUUUUUUUUCUAGAGAUGCUAAUGCAUUUAGCAAAAAAGAACAAUCACUGCAUGUUCAUGCCAUAUGCAAAAUUAGUCAAGCAUUAUUCACCAGGGAUAUUAACCCCUUUCACUGAUCUUAAUGAGGGUUGAAAAUCAGUCCAGGCAAAAAUGUGGGAGAAAUAAAACAAAAAUCACAAUCUUGCAUGAGUAAAGUGCAUAAAAACUUAAAAAUGGAGAUUUGAAAAACUAUC